CACGAUUAAGGAGGUCGAGUUUUUUUGUCUCUUUGGGAGCAAUUUGAACUUUAUUAAAGCAAUUGAUCAAAUCUCGCAAGUUACGCCGAGCGUUCCCCAGUGCGUCACCCUGGGACGAUCACCAGGAUGGACCCGCCACGCCCACUGUUCAAGUCUUGUCUUCUCGGGAACGUCCGGAGCCUUGUCUUCUUACACCAUUCCAUGAACUGACGACUUAAGGAUACUCUGUCCUGCUACUGUUCUGCAAUUGCAACUCUAUUUGCUCACAAUCAUUGACGAUGGCGAUCAUUACAGAUUACGUCGAAGAAGAAGAAGAAAAAUCUACACAAAAUGCCGAAGCAGAACCCUCUGCAUCAAACGGGCCUUACGAUGAUGUUCUUGAGAAACUUUUAGAGCAGAAAGCGCCUCUUGAUUUUGUCGAAAAGGUGAUAGAUUUCUUGCGGAGGAAGCACGAUUUGUUCAAAGACGAUGCAGCCGAGCGAAAAAUUGCCGAGAUUGUUUCCCUGGCCAAGAGUAAGGAUACUGAAGAAAAGAAGCGCCAAUCAGACCUUGAAAAAGUUAAGAAGACUGAAGACAACAAGCGCAUGAAAGAAAAGCAGGUCCCAAAUCCCACCCAGAACCCUUACCCUAGCUCUAGCUCCAACUCUAGCUCCGGCCCAAAGCUCAGCGCUUCAAAUGCUGACGAGAAUGGACUCGAUCCAAACUCUGGUAAUGGAGCAGAUCUCGAGAAUUAUUCCUGGACACAGACUUUAUCUGAGGUUACAAUUACCAUACCUCUUCCACCUGGCACUGUAAGAAGAUUCAUUAUUUGUGAAAUUAAAAAGAAUAGUCUAAAGGCAGGGCUGAAAGGGAAUAAUCUUAUCCUUAACGGUGAACUUUCUAAGUCGGUUAAAGUGGAUGACUGCUUCUGGAGUAUAGAGGAUGGUAAGGUACUCUCAAUUUUACUGACAAAGCAGAAUCAAAUGGAGUGGUGGAACUGUGUUGUGAAAGGUGAACCUGUAAUCAAUACUCAAAAAGUAGAGCCUGAGAAUAGCAAGCUUUCUGACCUGGAUGCAGAAACACGACAGACAGUGGAAAAAAUGAUGUUUGAUCAACGGCAAAAGGCCAUGGGAUUACCUACAAGUGAGGAACAGCAAAAACAUGAAAUACUGAAGAAAUUUAUGUCUCAGCACCCAGAAAUGGACUUCUCAAAGGCAAAGAUAUCAUAGGAAGAGCACUAUCAAUGUGUGCAGAGGUUGCAUUUUGAGAAUCAAUAUAAAGUGUGUGGAAGGAUAUUAGUCUUUUGUCCUUUAUCAUGCUAGUCAUUAGAACUGGUACUGUAAUCUGACACUAGGCACUCCUGCCUGCUAUUGUAUCUUGCUGUAAUUUUUGGGUUAUUAAUCAACAAUGGUCAUUAGUGGACAUUAAUAGACUUUAUUUCUUUCUUUU